AUGAUUAUUCGAAAUUUGUUGAGCCUCGUGAUCCUCUACACCACCAGCGUUCACUCGCAGCUCUUCACACCGUGCAAUGGAAAAUCGGCGCUCGAUGGCGUCUGCGACAACAAUUCGGAUUGUGACAACAAGGGUUCGAUAUGUUUGCGCGGCAAAUGCAGAUGUCAUCCGCAUUAUAUCGAAACUCGAGAUGAGAAGGGACGGCAGAAAAAGUGUGUAGUAUUACCGGCGAAAGUCGGCGCGCGGUGCUCAACGAAAUGCCGCGAGCCGUUGUUCUGCCGCAACGGCGAAUGCCAAUGCGUUCAGCGCGGCACGACGCGUAUCAGCAACGGCGAGUGUGUGACGACGUCGCGCGUCGGCGAUCGCUGCUCGCGUCACUACGAUUGCACGUCGCCGUUCUCGGCGUGCCUCAACUCGCAAUGCGUUUGCAUUUCGGGAACGAUUCAGCAGGGGACGCGAUGCGUCGCCGCCGCCAAUUGUCCGCUCGGCGGCCUACCCGGCCAGAGUUGUGUUCGACGGUCCGACGCGUCGCUGGCCUACAACCUGCCGCCCGAUCAGGACAACUGUCCCGGCGGUCAGGUUUGUGUGACCGCUGGCGACAGCCCCAUCGGCCAUUGUUGUCCAGUUGUGUGUCCGCUGGCAAGCCACGUGGAUCACAAGUACUCGUGCCAUCCGAACGUGACCGAAGCGCUGAAAUGCCCAUCCGACACUCAUUUUUGCCAUCUGCUUUCGGAUGGCAGCUUCUCGCAGGCGGUCUGUUGUCGGCGGCCGUGUAACGCGCUGGCGCCGAACGCGCUCUACACCAACAACCAGUGUAUUCCGCGCGGCCAACUGAACUCGGCGUGCACGAGCAACGCGCAAUGCGGCGGCGGCGAAGGAAUGGAAUGCGUGAAGGGCCAAUGCCAAUGCCAGAAGAACUUCCAUCCGAGUGUCGACGCGUUGACGCAUCCGCUCAAAAAUCCAUCGCAAACGUGCUCGCGCGAUUGCGAAUCGGAGAAUUUGUCGCGUGACACGAGCUGCAUGAAAUCGGUGCCGUUGGGCUCGUUGUGCUUCAUUCAGAAGCAGUGCCCGCAAAACUCGGGAUGCUAUCGCGGACGAUGCAUGUGUCGAUGCGGUUUCGUUGCCAAGAAUGGAAAAUGCGCUGCGCUUCCGGCACCCUCAACGACAACAUCGGCGCCUUCACCCCCAAUCAUUCCCGGAGUUCAACUACCUCAAGGAAACGACCUGUUCAAACUGUUUGGACAAUUUCUGGGCGGCGGAAACAGUGGUGGAGAAUUUCUAUACUUUAUCGUUUUCGUCGUUGCCGCUAUUAAAGUUAUCAAGAAUAAGCCGACGACUACGACGACUUCUAAACCGACGACGACGACGAUUCCAAAGAAGACGUCGAAUGUGGUGUGUCUAGCGGAUCGAAACGCGUCGGAAUGCGCGAAUUUUUGCGAAAAACUUGACGAAUUUCAAAAUCGUGAUGAGAUCGAGCAAUCGUUCACCAUUAUUGAAUACUCGUUGAUCGGCUUAAUUGGCGCUCUUCUAAUUAUCCUAAUUGCCCUCAUUGUCUUUUGGUGGCGAAUCGAGCCAUCCGAGGUGACGGUUCGAGAAGCGAAUCCGAAAUACGAUGACAAUCGAUCGACGAGACCUCGGGCUGAUCAGAAUGAUUCGGAAGCUCAAAGGCUUCUUGAGAAUCCCGAGUUUAUGGCGAAAUUCAACGCGUUUAAAAUAGCGAAAGAGAAAGAGUAUCAAGAGGAUUUGAAGAUAUUUGAAGCGGCGAGAAAGGGGAAAAUCUAUAUACCAAAUGAGGUUGAGGACGCCGAUAUGAUCUCGAACGUCGCGGCUAAUGAUGAUGUGAAGCUGAGAUAUGUGUAUUACGAUCCGACGAUGAAUGGAGAGUACGAGAUUGGCACCGACAUCGAUGAGGUCGAGCUCGCGCCGAGCACUAUCGUCGCUCCGUUGACGGAAUCCGCGCGGACAAUCCACCGGGCCGCCAAGAAUGACUCGAAUGAGAAAUCGUCGUGA